CCCAGAGAGCCCGAUAAACACCCCGGCUGCUGGUCCUCCCUUCGACUGUGGGUUCGUAUGCCUUUUACCAUGUUUUGACAAGCCGCUGUGGGUAUCCAUCAAGAGAUCCCGACCAAACCCACUCGGUUUAGCGACAGUAUUCGUUUCACUCUAGCCUAUAUUUUAUAUCAUAUUUCUACCUCUCUGCGCUGAUGGCGAGCAAGCGGGCGAAUACGGUACAGCAAGGGUGCGCACGGGAAGGCAAACCGUAGACGGCGAGUGGAAGACACGAUGUGUUGAUGGGAUUGAACUGCAAGCUGCACUAUAUCUCUCUUGGAUGGUGUUUUUUUUUAGCCUCCAUUCUACGGAUUUUUUUGGAAGCUAAAACAAAUUCUUGCGUGUAUGCGACACGGUCUUCGUUCACCUUCGCUGUGUGGGUUGUGUGCUGCGUAUUCUGAUAUGACGAGAGACUGAAGAACGUGCAGAUUUCUAACUGACGGUGGCGGCAUGAAUAAAUAUACACGUUCAUACAGCAGCAGCAUCCGCCUACCUUACAGGAUACAAAACCAGACGCUUGUGCUCGUGAUUCCUCGGUUUUUACACAUCAUUCUGUGACCUGCAACGGGGACCGCUAUGAACGGACCUGCUGAUAAAGACGCUCUACUCAUGUUUUUACCAUCCGGUGAUGUAUUUGCCAAUGAUUGUCGCGCCUUGGAAUAAUGAAGAUAAGAUCAACUUUACUUUGGCUUUGUGAUGGGUGCAUUUUUAUGAUCAAUAGGCUACGUAAAAGUAACGCAACAUCUGUGUCAUUUUAGUGUAGAUUCUGGCAUUUUUCGUUAUUUCACAUCCACAGAUUUAGUGCGGAUUACGCAAACACAGUGGCGUUUAUUAGAAACCCUUCGUUUUCUUUGUGAAUGUGAGAUAUUGAAAAAGAGAACAACAUCAAACGCAUGUGCUAUGACUGUCAUAACCAAUACAUGCUAAUGUGAUGUGCACAUUCUUGGUCUCAUUGCCAAACGCGAUUGCUACAUUUGAAAGGUAACCUUUACCUAUGCAGGUCCAAUCGAUUGCACGAUAAGGAGAGUCGUGGCAAUCAGUUUGUCACAAGGGUGCGUUUUUCAGCCCCUCAUAUCAACUUUUACACAUGAAACAAGGACACAUAGGGGAGCUUUCCAACGGAGAGGGUGUGAAAGUGGAGUGUUGUACAACAAUUGUAACCUAUAGCCUACUGCUGAAUAAAUUAAGGCAAUCAUAAAGAAAUACUGAUUCAAUGGUUUUCCGAAAGUUGCCCGGUGUGUCAGCAUCGGGCAUGGGUCUUCGCCUAUCCCAGAAAUUCGUCUUUCUACUUUUUCUCUCGGGCUUGGUAACUCUGUGUUUCGGGGCCUUAUUCUUCUUACCCGACUCUGUCCGUUUGAAACGUAUUUUUCUCUCAAAGACGGAGAGCCAACCAGUAACGGUAGGGUCUGAGAAUGAUGUGAGGGAGCAUCUUAAGAAGGGAGCAAAGGACCCAGAACAUCUCCGGGGAAUCACCUCGGCCAAAGGGGAGACGAGCACAAAACUCAAAGCCUUGAGCCGCAAGCCCUCUGUCACCAAUGAGGCUAAAACUGAUAAGAAAGACGCUGGCGGGGAAGCGUUGGAGGACAUGACGCUGUCGAGGUCUAAAACGGAGUCGGCUUCUAAGGAUGAGAAAGUGACCUCGUCUUCUAACCAGGGUGCCAACACGGAUACUUCUUUCGAUUACAACAAGUUUAAAAAAUGUCUGCUAAAGCCGCCCUUGGGGAUCGAACAUGGCAAGCCGAGCGACCCUCAGACCCUUCAGCGUCGGGAGAAAGUCAAGGAGGUAAGAUGAUAAGCAGUCACAGUUAAUACAG